GGCGUCAAGAAAUUUCCUUAUUCGGCUUCGCGCUUAAACGGAAGAACUCUCUCUUCUCUCUCAACCCUGGGCUUUGCAGGUGCGCGGACUUGCUUUCAUCGAACAGAUUAAUGUCUUUCGACGAAUCGUAAUACUCAUUCAAUCGGUGCUCGGUGCUCCCUUCAAUUCUCUUGAAUUUUCUUUGGUCGGCAUCGGUCAGUGAUAGGUUCUUUCUUUUGGGUCUUGCCCAAGAAUGGGAAGGCAAAAAGGCGACGGAACGAGGUCCAAGUCUCGACCAUCUAGCAGCAGCUCCGCUGCUUCCCUGGUGCCGACCGGGGCCUCCGCCAUUGGCUUUGGUGGGUACGUAGGAAGCUCUCGGGUUGACUCUCCCCAACAAUCAGACGAUGGAUACCAACCUUCCGAUGUGGACAGUGAAGUAGCGCAGCAUUUAAAACGGCUUGGCAGGAAAGAUCCUACAACAAAGCUCAAGGCACUAUCUUCUCUUUCUGUGCUCUUCAAGCAGAGACCUGGAGAGGAGAUUGUUAAAGUUGUUCCACAAUGGGCAUUUGACUAUAAGAAGCUUUUACACGAUUACAAUAGAGAGGUCCGUCGAGCUACACAUAAUGCUAUGGCCAGUCUCGUGACUACUGUUGGGAGAGGAUUAGCUCCAUUUUUGAAGUCUUUGAUGGGACCAUGGUGGUUUUCGCAAUUUGAUCCCAUUCCUGAAGUUUCUCAUGCAGCAAGAAAAUCAUUACAGGCUGCAUUUCCAGCAAAAGAGAGAAGGUUGGAAGCUUUAAUUUUAUGUGAGAAGGAGGUCUUCCUGUACCUUGACGAGAAUUUGAAGCUUAAACCACAGUUUAUGUCUGAUAAAGUUACUCCUGUUGAUGAACUGGAUGAGAUGCACCAACGUGUAAUUGCUUCAUCAUUGCUGGCAUUAGCUGCACUAGUUAAUAUGUUCCUGGGAAUGCAGUACCAAAGAACAGAUUUUGAAAGUAUAACCUUGGAACCAAAAGUUGCUGCAAAAGCCCGAGAAAUCGCCUUGGCUUCUGCUGAGCAGAUCUUUUGCACUCAGAAGAGCUUCCUGGAGUUCCUCAACUCUCAGAAUCCAGGAGUUCGUUUGGCUGCAUAUUCUGUAAUAGGAAGCUAUGUUAAACAUAUGCCUAGUGUUUAUAAUGAUGGAAACAUGAAAGAGACUGCAUCUGCUAUUCUUGGGUCAUUCCAAGAGAAGAAUCCAACAUGUCACUCCUUGAUGUGGGAUUCAAUACUCCUAUUCACUAGAAGAUUUCCUGAGAGUUGGUCAACUGGAAUUAUCCACAAGAUUGUGUUUCCUCGCUUUUGGGAAUUUUUGAGAAGUGGGUGUUAUGGGUCACAGAGGGUUUCUUACCCAGUAUUAGUCCUUUUUUUGGACUCCAUACCUCUCAAUGUUAUAUCUUGGGAGAAAUUUUUGGACAACCUUUUUGAGAAUCUAUGGGCUGGCAGAAACCUCUCUCUUACCUCAUCUGAAGAUCGUUCUGCAUUUUUCAAAGCCAUUGAGGAAUGCUUUCUGUGGGCAAUUAACAAUGUACCAAGAUUUGCUGAUGGGUCAAACAUUGACCAAUUUGAACUGAGGCUUGUGGAGAAGGUUCUUGUCGAGCUUUUAUGGCAUGAUUAUAUUUUUCCAGUUUACUCUACCCGUCCAUGUGAACUUACAUAUAGCAAGCUUGGAAGUUCAGAAAAAGAUAACGUUCAAAGUUGUGGAAAGGGGCCAUCAGAUGCUUUGAAUACCAAAUAUUCUGCAAAUUAUAUUCAGGAAUUAGGGGAUCACAUUGUAGAGAUGGCAGCUGCAAUUUUCUCUAAGAGUUCUAGGUUGUUGGUUACAUUUUCUACAGCAUUUCUGCAUGAUUGCAUUAACAUCAUCAAGCAAGCAGAGCUGGGUGUCUUUCCUGAACUUGCUGAACGACUUGGAAAUUUUUUGGUGUUGCUUGCAAAACAAAACACAGAAGCUGCGGGCAAGUGGCCUUUGCAUCACUUUGCAGGGCCUUUAAUGUCUAAAUCCUUUCCACUAAUAAGAUCUUCUGAUUCACCUAAUGCUGUUAAACUUUUGUCUGUAAUUGUUGAAAAUUUUGGAUCAAAAGAAACUAUCUUGGAAUGUGCAUCGGAUAACAGUGAAGAGUUUCAGCUCCAAUGCGAUGGAGAAGGGGAAAGCAGUUUGAAAUCUAACCAUUUUGUUCAGGUUUUCAAUCAUGUUUUUGUGCCAUGGUGCCUAACUGAAAUCAAAUCCUCCACAACUGCAAGAAUGGAUUUGUUACUUGCAUUAAUUGACAAUGAGUACUUUGCUGAGCAAUGGGGUAGUAUUAUUUCUUUCCUUACCACAUGCCAGCAGUCUCAGAGUUGCUCAUGGAUUUCGAAUAUGGAUUGUGUAACUAUGUUGGCAAUGCUUGUCGAGAGAAUUAGGUAUCGAACUGGUCGCAAGUAUGGAACUGGUAGUCAGUUGGAGUUUAACAUGGAAUCCUGGCAGCAUGAUUGUUUGGAUUCAGCUGCAGUUUUGAUUGCCACUGCUCCUCCCUCUGCACACCAAACUUAUGUGCUUUUCCUUUGCGCAGUUCUUGGUGGCAUCGCAGAAGGUGUUAACUUUACUUUUAUUUCCAAAGAAUCCAUAAUUUCUGUCUAUGAGGAGCUCCUUGAUAAAGUUGUCCCUCUGUUUGUGGUUUCACCAUUUACAUGGGCUAUCCAUGCAAGUAGUUUGAUAUCCUGCAGAAAAAGGAGGGACAUGAUUUGUAUAUCAAGGCCAUUUCAUGAGAUUCUUGAGAUGGCUAAAUUUGCCUUUCAAGUUCUUGAUGGUAGUCUUCUUUGCCUUAAGAUGUUGGAUGGAGAAAGUGAGUUGGUUCCAUGUAUUUUAGCUGCUGUCUUAUUGAUUGAUUGGGAAUGCGGCAUGAUGGCAUCAGUAGCAUUAAACGGGAGGCAGGACCAAAUUAAAAAUCACACUGAUACAAAUUCACCUUCAACUGGUAUGAGACAGAAAAAUAUUUUAAUAGCUGAACUUCAUUCCAUGUUGGCACUUGGAGAAUCUGUGCAUGCUCUUCAUUGUAAAAUUGUUAUUCGCUUUUGGGAAAGUCUCAGUAAAUUUACUGCUCAGAAAGUGCAAGAGAUCUUGCUUCAAACUGUUAGGCUCGCUGUCAUUUCAAGUGAUGACUUUGACACAGAGAAAAUUUGCAUAGUGUGUUCAAGUUGGGUUCUGGACAUUCUUGGUCUCAUGGGCAAUGAUGAAGCCGAACAGCAGAUUAUGCUGGACAAAUUGCUAUCACCAAGCAAGUCUUGGCCACUUUGGGUGGCUCCUCAAGCCGACGAAACAACAAGAGGGCCAGUCCUUGUAGCUGAAAGUCCAAAUAUUGAUGUUUAUGUCCCUGUGCAUGAUAAGUUUGUUUCUUUUGUGGAAAGACUUAUUUCAACUCUUGGAGCCGGUAGGGUUCUGUUUGGUUUCAUGACAGAAAGUUCAGUUUCAGCUUCAGAGAGCUCAAGCAUGUCUCUCUCACCAUACACUAGAGCAUGGCUUGUAGCAGAGAUGUUGUGUGCAUGGAAGUGGUAUGGGGGAAAUGCUACAGUCUCCAUCCUGCCAUUUUUAUGCGAAUAUGCAAAAUCCUGCCCUGACAAUAAACUUGUGCAUUCUGUUGUUCAUAUUCUGCUCGAUGGUGCAGUUCUCCAUGGUGCCAGGAUUCAAGCAUGCACAUUUAAUGUUUGGACCAUAUGUGAUGAUGAACUGGAAAAUAUUCAUGAUCCUUACCUACGAGCACUUGUCUCUGUUCUAUUAGCGCUCUUUGUCAGAAGUCAUGUUUGGGGAAAAGUUGAUGUUUUUCGACUUCUUGACUACAUCAAUGAUAGGCUCUUUGUCGGCACCAGUGUAAAUCAAUGCUGUCUAAGGAUCAUUCCCUAUUUCAUGGGUAUCCUGAUUAGGUCACUGUAUGCAGAUGGCAAUGCCUUUACUGAAGUUAAUAAUGAUCUCCCAGCUGAUACCUCAAAAGAGGAGCAAGUGAACACCAUGAUUUUAGGUUGGUUGGGUUAUUCUCUGUCUGCUUUUUCGGUUAUAAAGGAGUCUGAAGAAGAAGAUGUGAAUGAUUGGAUUGAAAUAGCAAUUUCUUGCUAUCCCUUGUGCACAACAGUUGGUAUAGCAACAUUUACAUUUGAAGCAAUUAGAAGUAUUGGUCAAGAGGAACAAAAAUUAUUAUUGGAUUUGUUCAAAAAGCGCAGAUCUUGUAUGGAUGACUUAUCUACAAGCUAUCCUGCUGGUCAGAUGCCAUCAAAUGUCUGUUGUAGUGAAGAAAUGUCUUCGUCAGUGUCAGAUGUGAUGACAUUUUGUAAGCUAAUGGCAGUUUGUGUAAGUUACUGUUGGCCAGAGUUCAACGAAGAGGACUGGAAGUUUGUUGUACUGCAGCUCCAUAAAUGGAUUGAAGCUGCUGUUGUUGUCAUGGAAGAAAUGACUGAUAAUAUUGAUGCUAUAUCCCAGAGCAGUUCCACUGAUAGCUUUGAUAUGAAUGUAACGAAGCUUAAAGAAGCAGUUGAGUCUUGGAAUUCCUUCCCAAUAUAUAUUGCUAGGAUUGCCCUUUUGGUUUUCAUGUUUAUUUAUGACCUUACUGAAUUAAGUGAGGCGAAACAUACUGAGACUCUAGAAUGCUUAUAUGCUGGUGAGUGGGGCAUUUUGAGAGAUCGUAUACUUGAAAGUGUUCUUCGGUUGUUCUUUACGACAGGUCUUGCUGAGUCGAUAGCAAGCUCUUUAGGUGAAGAAGCUGCAUCAGUUGUGGCACUGGUUUGGCAUGCACAGACUUACUUUUGGGAUCUUGUAGCUGGGGUUUCUUAUUAUUCUCCUGAACAUGUUAGAAAGGCUGCAAUAGAAUCAAUUGGGCUUUGGGGAUUGAGUGAAGGGCCAAUUGAUUCAUUAUAUGCAAUUCUUUUCUCAUCUAAGCCUGUUCCAUCAUUACAAUUUACUGCUUACGUUUUUCUUUCUUCUGCUUCUCUUUCUCAUUUGGCUAUUAUGGAGGAGAGUGACAGUCUAAGUGAAAACGUUAGUGUGGACAAAGAAUCCAGCCACUCGCAAAUUGACUUGCCUUCAGAAAAACCAUUUGCGCUUAGAGAUGAGAUCUCUUGUAUUAUAGAGAAGUCAUCUCUUCAAACUCUUGAGGAGGACCUAGGCCUGGAUCAAGUUAACUUUUUCCUUGCUUGGUCCUUGUUGUUAACCCAUCUACAGUCACUCCCUCCUUUAUCAUUGGCAAGGGAGAGAUUGGUUCAGUACCUGCAAGACUCUACCAAUCCAUCAAUCAUAUUGGAUGCUGUCUUUCAGCAUAUUCCACUAAAGAGUGGGUCAAGUCUUAAUUUGAAGAAAAAAGAGACUGAGCUUCCUGCUGAAAUUUCUAGAGCUGCUGCUGCUGCAAAACAAGCUAUUACAUCUCGGUCUUUGUUAUUUGCUAUAAAGUCACUUUGGCCUGUUGGUUCUGUUGAAAUGGCUGCCCUUGCUGGUGCUAUAUAUGGUUUGUUAAUCUGUGUUCUGCCUGCUUAUGUGCGUAAUUGGUUUACUGGAAUACGUGAUCGUUCUACAUUGUUGUCAGUUGAAUCAUUCACAAAAUCUUGGUGCAGUGUUCAUCUUCUAUCUGAUGAAAUGUCUCAGAUAAAGGGAGCUGGAAUUGCUGAUGAAAAUUUAUCAAUUAGUGUUAAUAAAUUGGCAUACGAGAUAACUGCAACUUAUAAGAAGGAAGAGACAUCGAUGGACUUGGUCAUACAACUUCCUUCUUGUUACCCAUUGCGGCCUGUUGAUGUUGGUUGUAGUAGAAAUCUUGGCAUAAGUGAGACUAAACAGAGAAAAUGGUUGAUGUCCUUGACUGCUUUUGUCCGCAACCAGAACGGUGCCUUAUCUGAAGCAAUCCGUGUUUGGAAAAGCAAUUUUGACAAAGAAUUCGAAGGCGUGGAGGAGUGCCCUAUCUGUUACAGCAUCAUACAUACAUCAAAUCAUAGCCUUCCACGUCUUGCCUGCAAAACAUGCAAACAUAAGUUUCACUCGGCAUGCCUCUACAAAUGGUUCUCCACAUCUCACAAAUCCACAUGCCCAUUGUGUCAGAGUCCUUUCUAACAAUCAUUCUCCACAUCCAUCUACAUCCACUUUUGUUGGAACAGAUCAUUGUGCAUCAAUUCCUUUACAUCAACGUGAAAAGGUCCCAUCUGUUUUGGUACUGCUGCAUGGAAGAGGAACUUACAGAACAUUCAGGUUUUCCAAAAAGGUGGGCAGCUUUCUACGUGUCAAGGCGGCAUUUUCAUGUACCGCAUGUUGGGAGUGCCUCAACAGACCGGCAUACCGUAAUGUUUUCUGUGCUUCGGCAGAGGAGGUCACACGGUUUUUGAGUUCUGGCGUCAAAAAUUUGUACAAAGUUAUAGUUUUAUACCAUCUGUGAGAAUUUCUCACACUUGAGGAACAUGGAUCUAAACUUUCACGGGAAGUCGCUGAAGAGUUCAUAUGCCUCCCCCUUCAAUAUUGUACGUUUGUAGCUUCUUGCCGAAGAUUGACAUGAUCGGGGACGAUCAUACUCGGAUAACUCGUACUUGACGGCUCAUCAAUCAGUUAAAGAGGUUAACUUGCAUGAUGGCAGACUCGAGUUUUGAGGAGUAAAUGAGCAGAGCCGGAAUUACCCUUGAUUUCUUAAGGAGAGAAGUUUUUCUGUACUUAUAAAAUGAUGAUGUAGCAUAGUGGUGCUUUCUACAGCUGUUGUACUUUAAAAAUCUAUUGAUCAUCCUGUCCUUCA